UGUAAAUUCACAUGCACGUCAGCUGAACGUACCACAGCUGUGGCUUAACUCUCUCUGUGCUGCAGGACUUUCAGUCUGCCAACAUGAAAAACCGAAAUACCAAAAACAUUCUCGUGGUGUCUUUUGGAUUUUUGUUCUUGUUCACAGCCUACGGAGGAUUGCAGAGCCUACAGAGCAGUCUAAAUUAUGAAGAUGGUAUGGGUGUUAUAUCACUGAGUGUUCUCUAUGGAACCAUUAUUCUGUCCUCCAUGUUUCUGCCUCCCAUCAUGAUCAAAAAUCUGGGCUGCAAAUGGACCAUUUUUGUCUCAAUGGCCUGCUACAUAUCCUACUCUUUCGGCAACCUCUUCCCUGGCUGGGCAAGCUUGAUCACCACCUCUGCUAUUCUGGGUUUGGGAGGCUCUACGCUUUGGUCUGCGAAAUGCACCUACCUCACCAUAAGUGGAAACGACCAGGCAGAAAAAGAAAACAAGAAAGGCCAGGACGUCAUCAACCAGUACUUUGGCAUAUUCUUCCUCAUCUUUCAGUCAUCUGCCGUGUGGGGAAACCUCAUGUCAUCCCUCAUAUUUAGACAAGACUCUAACGUUGCUGAAAUCCCUGAGGAGAAUCUGCAGUACUGCGGUGCGGCCCUCUGUGACGAGAACUUCACAACUACAGGAAACAUCACCCUGCCAGAGCAGAACUUGGUCAACAUACUGAUGGGCUGCUAUAUUGGUGUGGGCGUUCUGGCCAUGGCCCUUAUCGCAAUCUUCCUGGAUAACAUUGACGGACAGGCAGCCAAGGAGUUUCGGAAGAACAAAGGAAGUCAAUCCUUCUGCAACACUUUUCUGGCCACCUUUAGGCUUUUGAAAGAUAAAAGGCAGUUAAUACUCAUUCCUUUGACCAUGUACAGUGGGUUUGAGCAAAGCUUUCUCUCUGGUGAAUAUACUAAGAACUAUGUGACCUGUGCUCUAGGAAUCCAUUUUGUUGGUUUUGUGAUGAUCUGCUUUGGUGCUGUGAACUCUUUGAGCUCCUACAUCUUCGGGAGGCUGGCUCAAUACACUGGGAGAACUGCCCUCUUUUGUCUGGCUGCCGUAAUAAACUUGAGCUCUGUGCUUGCCUUGCUGUUCUGGAGGCCUCACCCAGACCAGCUCCCUGUCUUCUUUGUAUUCCCUGCACUUUGGGGUGUGGCAGAUGCUGUAUGGCAGACACAAACCAACGCACUCUACGCCACUCUCUUCACUAAACACAAGGAGGCAGCAUUCGCCAACUAUCGCAUGUGGGAGUCUCUGGGCUUUGUGAUCGCUUUUGCAUACAGCACAUUCAUCUGCCUGUCGACCAAACUCUACAUUCUAAUAGCAGUUCUGGUACUGAGCAUGGUGACUUACUUCUGGGUCGAGUACAAUGAGUACAAGCAUCCCACAGCACAAGUGAAUGUCAUUGUCAACAUUCCACAGAAGAAGAGCCAUAAAGACAUGCCUGAGACUGUGAACAUUAUUGCUCAGACAAAUCUGUAGGCCAUAAAGCUUAAACUGGCCUCUGGGUUUUUGGAAACAUAAGAAUGACUUAAUGUUCAGAAGUCUUAGAUUUCAUUUUUACAGCACUUUGGAACUUGUUUUAUAACAAAACCGAUUUUUUUCUAGAUAUUUUUCUACUUGUGGCCUCCUUUUACCUCAUUUUGUAAAGAAUAGUGUGUGUAAUGAAAAGCGUGAAGUGUUAAUAUUGCUGUUUGUGAAACAUGAUAUAUUACCAUUUUUGUAUUUUGAUUAAAAAAUGAUCUAAAUGAAUAAAAUGCUCACUUUAUCAGUCUCA